AUGGGGGCCUCAGUAAUCCUGGCCUGCCUGCUGAUCCUUCUGCACCUCACAGUGGGGACAUCUGCAGAGCCGCACUAUGUGGUGGUGAGCCCAGCCGCGCUCUACCACCCGCACACGGGGACGGUGUCAGUUCAUCUCAGCGACCUCAACGAGACCGUCCGGGUGAGCGUCCGGCUGGAGAGGGGGGAUGGGUCCAGCGCUAUCCCCCUGCUGGAGAGAGAGGUCCAGGGGCCCCGUCUGCACGAGAACGUGCGCUUCCAGGUUCCAGCCCCGUCCGGGGGGCAGCAGGAAGUGGCAGAGCUGCACGUCUCGAUCCGGGGAGAUGCCCUGCAGUUCUCUGAGCGGAAGAAAGUGCUGCUGCGGGCACUGGAGCCCGGGACCUUUGUGCAGACGGACAAGGCUGUCUACAAGCCGGGACAGACAGUGAAGUUUCGAAUCGUCAGUUUGGACAAAGACUUCAUUCCCAGUGCCAGGAAGCUGCCCCUGGUGACUCUGCAGGAUCCCAGCGGGAACCGCAUCGCCCAGUGGCGAGAUGUGACUCCGCAGCAGGGCAUCGUGGAUCUGUCCCUCCCGCUGCCUGCAGAGCCGGCCCUGGGGACGUACGCCAUCGAGGCGCAGGGGACGAGGCACUCGUUCAGCGUGGAGGAAUACGUGCUGCCCAAGUUCGAAGUGAUCCUCGAGCUGCCCCCCGUGGUGACGGUGCUGGAUGAGACGCUCCUGCUGCGAGUGUGCGGCCGAUACAGCUACGGGAAGCCCGUCCUGGGGAGGGUCCAGGCCAGCCUGUGUUGGGAGAAACAACCAUCAUAUCCCUGGUACCAUUUUUAUCUGGGGCUAACUGAGUGCAUGAAGCUUACUGGCCAGACUGACAGCAACGGCUGCUUUUCCAGAGAGGUGGGAACGGCUCCCUUCAACCUGACCCACUCUGGCUACAAGAGGCGCCUCCAGGCCAAGGCCUCUCUCAUGGAGGAGGGGACAGGGGUGGAGCUCAACGCAACCAAACACUGCGACAUCGUGUCUGAAAUCGCUACGGUGACCUUUGAGGAUGCUGACGCUACCUACAAGGCUGGAAUCCCCUACACUGGCAAGAUGCUUCUGAAGGCGGCAGAUGGCUCUGCACUGAAGAAUGAGAAGCUGCAGCUCUUUGUUAGCUAUGGAGAUAAGAAUAAGAACCAGACCUUCCUGACGGAUGAGUCUGGCAGAGCCUCCUUCGAGCUGGACACCUCCGGCUGGACCGGGAGCGUCACUCUGAGGGGGCACUUCAAGCAGGUGAACGACAGUGCUGAGGAUGACACAGUCUCUCCCAGUUACCCGGAUGCCCAUCGUCACCUGAAGCCCUUCUACUCCAAGAGCCAGAGUUUCCUAAAGAUCCACUCGCUGGGUGGGAUGCUGCCCUGCGACCAGGCCCAGCAGCUCCAGGUGGAUUACAUCAUUGCUAGGGAGGCCCUGGGAAACGGGUCCAGGAGCAUGGAUUUCAUCUUCCUGGUCGUGGGCAAGGGAGCCAUCGCCAGGAUCCUCCAGAAGGGGCUGGACCUCAGGGAGGGGGCUGGGCUGAAGGGCUCCUUCUCUCUGGAGCUGCCCGUUGAUGCUGAGCUGGCGCCCACUGCCAAGGUGCUGGGUUACACAGUGCUGCCCAAUGGAGAGAUAGCUGCCGACAGCACCCUGCUGCACAUGGCCAAGUGCCUCCCGAACAAGGUGAAGCUGGCCUUCUCGCAGGACCGGGCCCUGCCGGGCUCAGAGCUCCAGCUGCGGGUGCAGGCUGCCCCCGGGUCCCUGUGCGCCAUCCGUGCCGUGGAUCAGAGCGUGCUGCUCAUGAAGCCCGAGGCCGAGCUCAGCGUCGACAUGGUCUAUAACUUGCUCCCUGAUUUUCCCCAAGGAGACUAUCCCGCCGCAGCUCACGAGCCUGACUCAUGUUAUCAACUACCCCAGUCUCCAGUUCCUCACUGCCGCAGCUUAGGUCACAGGUGGAGGUGUCGCAGAGGGACUAGCAGCUGGACUCCCCCACUGCGUGAUGCCUACAGCCUGUUUAAGGAUGCAGCUUUGAAAAUUCUCACCAACACCAACACCAGGCAGCCCUGUGAAGAUGGACUCGUAAAGUACUACGGCUAUAGUGACAUUGGCCUCGUGCGGCUCCCUCAACCCGCCUUUGUAUCUUUUCUUGGCAUGAUCCCUGGGGCAGCACAUGUGGAUAGUGCAGCAGGGACCCCAUUGAUCAAUGACCUGCUAGUGCCAGCGCCCAGCACCCAGGAGGAGGCAGUGGCACGUGCAUACUUCCCAGAGACAUGGCUGUGGGACCUGGUCCCUGUGGGCAAGGGGGGCUCCAAGGACAUCCCAGUCGUGUUGCCCGACACCAUCACGGAGUGGAAAGCUGGGAUGUUCUGCACGGCAGAGGUGGGCUUUGGGCUCUCCCCCACGGCCACCUUCAUGGCCUUCAAACCCUUCUUUGUGGAGCUGGCCUUGCCGUACUCCGUGAUCCGGGGAGAGGCCUUCGCCCUAAAGGCCACCGUCUUCAACUACCUGCAGCAAUGCAUCAAGGUGCGGCUGACGCUGGCGGAGUCUGCGCAGUUCCAGAUGCAGGCAAGUGAGGACGGCGCCUACACCAGCUGCCUCUGUGCAGAUGAAGGGAAAACCUUCCAAUGGGAGGUGACGGCAAGCAGCCUGGGGGAGGUGAACUUCACCGUCAGCACCGAGGCUCUGCACACCGAGAAGCUCUGUGGCAACGAGCUGGCCGUGGUGCCGGCUCAGGGGCGAAUGGACACUGUGAUAAAGCCCCUGCUGGUCCAGCCGGGGGGGAUCCUGGAGGAGAAGGCGCACAGCUCCCUGCUCUGCCAGGAAGCAUCCGAAGAAAUCUCCUUGCAGCUGCCUGCAAAUGUCCUGGCGGGGUCCGAGCGGGCCCACGUGACUGUCCUGGGAGACAUAAUGGGCACGGCUCUGCAGAACAUAGACCGCCUGUUGGCCAUGCCCUACGGCUGCGGAGAGCAGAACAUGGUCCGGUUCGCUCCCAACAUCUACAUCCAGCAGUACCUGGAGAAGAGCGGGCAGCUGAGCCCGGAGAUCAGACACAAGGCCCAGGGAUACCUCCAGAGUGGCUACCAGCGUGAGCUGCUCUAUAAGCACAACGAUGGCUCUUACAGCGCCUUUGGGGAGAGCGACGCCGUGGGCAACACCUGGCUGACGGCCUUUGUUCUCAAGUCCUUUGGCCAGGCCAGACCCUACAUCUCCAUCGACGAGAAGCACCUAGAGGACGCCCUAAGGUGGCUGCAGCGUCACCACCUGGAGAGCGGCUGCUUCCGCAGUGUGGGGAAGCUGUUCAACAAUGCCCUGCAGGGUGGCGUGGUGGACGAGCUCUCUCUCUCGGCUUACAUCACGGCAGCGCUGCUGGAGCUGGGGCAGCCGCUCACGGACCCCAUGAUGACCAGGGCCCUCCAGUGCCUCCGAGAGUCGAGCACCAGUGACCUCUACACGCAGGCGCUGCUGGCCUACGCCUUCGGGCUGGCGGGGAGCACGGAGCUGCGGGGCGCCCUUCUGCAGAGCCUGGCCCAGCACAGCGUCAGCGCUGGGGGACAGCUCCACUGGGAGAGGAAGGUGAAGGCCCUGCCCAGCCCCUAUGGGAACCAGGCCCCGUCGGCGGAGGUGGAGAUGAUGGCGUACGUGCUCCUGGCCUAUCUCUCCCUGCCCAAUGUGUCUGCAGCCGACAUGGCGACUGCCGCCCAGAUUGUCCGCUGGCUCAGCAAGCAGCAGAACCCCUACGGGGGCUUUGCCUCCACACAGGACACGGUGGUGGCCCUGCAGGCCCUGGCCAAAUACGCAGCCCUGACGUACAGCACGAGCGGGGCUGUGUCGGUGACAGUGAGCUCCCAAGCCGGGGCCCGGCAGCAAUUCCACGUGGAGAACGCCAAUCGGCUGGUGCUGCAGCGAGCGGCCCUGCAGGAGAUCCCCGGGCAGUACACGGUGCGGGCCAGCGGCGAGGGCUGUGUCUUUGUGCAGCUGACUCUGCGCUACAACGUGCCGCCCCCAAAGAGCGCCGUGACCUUUGACCUGCGGGUGGAGACGGAGCCGAAGGAGUGCACCGAGAGCGCCAGAUCCCACUUCAGCCUCGUCCUGCACGCCCGGUACAGCGGGGAGCGCUCAGUCACCAACAUGGCCAUCAUCGAGGCCAAGCUACCCUCUGGCUACACCCCUGUCAAGAGCUCCCUGCGGCAGCUGGAGAAGCAGCGUUUGGUGAAGAGGCUGGAGGUGCAGAACGACCAGGUGACGCUCUAUCUGGACCAGCUGACGAAGGAGGCGGCGAGUUUCACCUUCUCCCUGGAGCAGGAUUUCCCUGUGAAGAAUCUCAGAGCAGCCCCAGUGAGGCUGUACGAUUACUAUGAGACAGGUGAACACACAGAGGCUGAGUACAGCGCCCCCUGCGGCUCAGCUCCUGAUGCCAACACAAUGGGAAAUUCCCGCUGAAGCCCCCACCCCUGCUUGGCAGUCCCCUCCCCUCCCGAGAGCACCCCGCCGGCAGCCAGACACCCCAGGAUCGGGGCGGGGGGCAUGGACAGGCUUCAUCUCAGCUGCUGCUUCCCAGACCAUCUGCCCUAUCCCCUGGCCCUGGGCUGGAAGGAGGCUGCAGCCCCGCGAUUGAGACAUGGACUUGUAGCACUUUCUUCGGCCAAUGCCUCCCCGUUCUCUCUGCAAACAUCCCACCUGCUCCUGUGACAAUUCACCACGGAAAUGAGAGGGACGGCGGGAGAUUAGUGCAAAGCAAACGGACACCUUGGGCAGAGACCUACCCAGCUAGGACCAGCUGCUGGCCUGCUCCCUCACUAACUGCACUGCUUGGAAUGGACAGAGCACCCAUGGCCCCUGCCUGACUCACUGUCUAGAGCCUGGUCACAUUCAUUGUGUCAGCACCUGGUGACCACCCCCUCCUUUGCCCCCUCUGUGGUGGCUUUGGCAACCCUUUUCAUUUCACCCAUGCAGCGAGUUAGUAGUUCUCAGCCUCAGCUACCUGGUCCCAAAGAGCAACCCUUGCUGUCCCAUCCCCCCCAUCCCCAAUUGUAUGUCAUGCUACGGAAGCGGUCACUCAGUUUAUCUCUAGUCCCGGAGAGGGGCUUUCGGAAGCUGUGCUUUAUGCCAAUUCACCUUUCACUAAUCCCACAGUUGCGGGGAGGAUCUAGGAGAGAGUAAGGCCAGAAUUUCCAGGCCAACCCAGCUCCAUUUAUAUACCAACAUGUGGCCAGAUUUCUCCGCAGUCAGCAUGCCAGGUGCAGGUUGGCUGCCGAGCUCUUUAGCAAAUCUGUCCUCCAGCCAGGGGAGGAAGGCAACAGAGUGGAGUCCCGGAGUUUGGAGGCAAAGGACAUGUAAGGUGCUGGCUUGUCCCCAGCCCAUGGAGGAGCCGCUGCCACGCCCAGCAUCUUUUUUCAUGCCAUUUUAUUUCCCAAACAUGAGCAAAACCCACAAAACAAAUCCUCAGCCUGUGCUCAGGGAUUUCCCCCUUUGCCUCUCAGUCCCUCUUGCUUCAGGGCUUUUCGCAGAUUCUUCUGUGCUCCUCUGACAGAGCAUCACCUACCAGGGCAUUUUGCCUGGCGUCCUUUUUUCCCCCAGCACGUUCUCACUGCCUCCUGCUCCAUGAGCAUCCCGUCCUUACUGCCAGCCUUGCUGUCCAUAGCCCCAGGUGCUGCCCCACUCUUUUAAUUGGCCACACUGGGAGCCCCUGUUCUAGCAAGGGGAGCUGGAUCUGCUUCAUUUCAAGGGGCCAGCUGCCCUGGAACAGGGAGUAGAUGGGGAGGUAGCCACAGAGGGAAAGAGGGAGGGUGUCUGAGCUUAGAGGAAGCAGUCGCCUAGUUGGUGGAAAAGAGCCAGGAGUGACUGAAAUUGAGAGUGAGAGAAGGUGCAAAGGCAUGGGUGGUGUGUGCACCCCCCCCAAACCCCGUUUGGGGAGCCUGCCCUGCCUCUUUUGCCCAAGGCUCCAUCCCUACUCUGCCCUUUCUGCCCCCCCCCCCCACCUUGCUGUUGCAGGCCGUCACACCCCUACCUCUGCCCCGGCACACUUCUGGGCUGCCUACAAACCCCCAGCCAUAUUUCAGAUACAUGAUUUUCUCACCCAUGGACUACAUGUAACUUAAAUGGACUCCCCCCCACCCCAUACAUUUCAUUGUUUAUAGGUGUAUGAUUACACCGAAGUCACAGGAAGGCAAUAUAAGGUUCUUAUUUUUAACAUCCCAGCACAUUUUGACAAGAGUGUGCGAGUUCCUCAUAAAAGUUAAAGCUGAAAAGUUUGUUUCACUGUUUGCU